GAAUUAUUUCAAGUAUACAAUACAGUUGUGAAAAUGGUUAGCCGCUGUGAUGUUUACAAAGCAGCAUCAGAGAAGAAACCAGUUUCACGUCAAAUCUUCUGCAAUUUCUAUAGAGAAAAUGAAGGCUCGACACCAAUAGACGAACGCGGCAACACUGUCCUCCAUAUCCUCUGCGUCCAUGGCAACACGGUUGCCAUUAGAGAGCUUGAUAAGCGGGGCCUGCUUUCCACUGAACACCUCAAGAAAUGUAAUGUCAAUGGCGAAAUUGCUCUGCAUGAAGCUGCGAGAUUUGGUCACAAGGAAAUCGCAGAAAUAAUGCUCAAAAAGGAAGGAGAUGGAGGAGAUCUAAACCUAAUUCUUGCGCGCAAUGAAUUAGGAGAGACGCCCAUUCACCUUGCUGCUGCAUUUGGAAGGGAGGACGUUUUCAAUUUUCUCAAAACAAAAAUAAAUGACGAUCAGCUGAGAUUGAGGACCGGAGAUGGCCGCACUGUUCUCCAUGCUGCCGUGAACGGAGAAUUUUACAAUUUGGCUAUGAGCAUAUUGGAGUCAUACCCUAAUCUUGCUGACAAACGUCAGGAAAACGGAAUGACAGCUUUGAAUCUGUUGGCUUCAAAAACAUUUUCCUUCAGAAGUAUGUGGUUCGCAACUAUGGACUUCGUUCCCUGGCAUACGAUGAAAAUUUUAGCCUAUCAUUGUAUUGUACCCAAUGAAUUUGAUUACGAAACUGCUGGUGAUGUGGAGAACCCGCGUGAUUUUAAUAUCUCCAAAUUGAAAGGGGCUUUAAUAUCCAAACUAAUAUCAGGUAUUAUCAAAUAAUUAUCUUAGUUAUACCUCAUUAGUGAAAAAACUAAAAAUUUUCGAUAUAUUGAUUUGUAAUUAUAUUAAAAA